CUUCCGGUGGGGUCACCGACUAGCUUUUUAUGAGUGAUGUUAUUCUAGCUUGUAUUAAGGUCUGUUUCGCCAUCAUGUGCGCUUGUUAGUGUUGUACUCGGAUAAGUUUAGUAAAUUAUCGCCUUUAACGGCCGCUUGGCUCAAACCGCUCCCGCUGAACGACUUUGCGCCGCGGUUCGACGACGAAGAGGCAGGGGGGGAAAAAGAGGAAGCAGUAGCCAACCAUCUUUAUUCUCCUGCCAGCAAUAACAAGAAAGGGACGAGGCUCCAGACCCAAGACGCGUUGAGUAGUUUCUAAUUAUUUUUAUUUUUUUUCUGUUUCAAACUGGAUAAACGAACCUGGUGGGGGGAAGAAGAAGAAGAAAAACCCAACAACAACAACUGCCCGUGCGAAGACAGACGGAGGCCCUGGGGACGCGGAGCUCUUCCCUCGACAAGCCUGGAAGUUUCGGAUCAGAAGACUGGCUGUGAAGAAUUAGUAUUCCCGUUUUUUCAUGUUUCCAACAGGUUUAUCUUCCCCUAAUCCCCCACCACCGCCAACCCAGGAGGCUAGACCCGCGGCUACUGAUGUCAAAAGCGACAGUGGGAACAUCACAUCUCCGAAAAAGAGGAAAAUAAACGGCUCCGAGAGGGACGACACGAGUGACACCAUCUCCUCCUCGCCUCCCAAGACCCUCAAUUCCUCCUCCUCCUCUUCCUCCUCCUCCUCUCCGCUGCACAUCCAGAAGAAGUUGAGGUUCGAGGACUCGGUGGAUUUCAUUGGACUAGAUGUGAAAAUGGCCGAGGAGGCUGCCGCCGCCGCCGCCGCUGCUUCGUGCUCCAAUAACAAAAGCAAAGCCAUGUUCCUGGCCGGUGGCGUGGGGGGACACCCCGCCAACGGACUGACGAAAACCGCAGGCUCCGGCACCUUCUCCAGCAGCAAACCCGGUGCCGCCAAGAAACUAGUCAUCAAGAACUUCAGAGAAAAGCCCAAGUUACCAGAAAACUACACGCAGGAGACCUGGCAAAAGCUGAAAGAAGCCGUGGAGGCCAUACAGAACAGCACUUCCAUCAAGUACAAUCUAGAGGAGCUAUACCAGGCUGUCGAGAACCUCUGCUCCCAUAAGAUAUCCGCCAAGCUUUACAAACAGCUGAGGGCCGUGUGCGAAGACCACAUCAAGGCGCAGAUCGAUCAGUUCAGAGAGGAUGCCCUGGACAGCGUGCUCUUCCUGAAGAAAAUCGAUAAGUGCUGGCAAGAUCACUGCAGACAAAUGAUCAUGAUUAGGAGUAUAUUUCUGUUUCUGGAUCGCACCUAUGUUCUACAAAAUUCCAUGCUGCCGUCGAUCUGGGACAUGGGCCUGGAGCUGUUCCGGUUCUACAUCAUCAGCGACCAGAAGGUCCAGAGCAAAACCAUCGAUGGGAUUCUGCUGCUCAUCGAGAGGGAGCGGAACGGAGAGGCCAUCGACCGCAGUCUGCUCCGAAGCCUGCUGAGCAUGCUCUCUGACCUCCAGAUUUAUCAAGACUCCUUCGAGCAGCGCUUUUUGGAGGAAACUAAUCGGCUGUAUGCUGCGGAGGGACAGAGGCUGAUGCAGGAGAGAGAGGUGCCAGAAUAUCUCCAUCAUGUCAACAAACGCCUGGAGGAAGAAGCUGACAGAGUAAUCACAUAUCUAGACCAGAGCACACAAAAACCGCUCAUUGCUACUGUGGAGAAGCAGCUGCUGGGGGAGCAUCUCACUGCGGUUCUCCAAAAAGGGCUGACCCACCUGUUGGAUGAGAACAGGAUUCAGGAUCUGUCUCUUCUUUACCAGCUCUUCAGUCGAGUCCGAGGGGGUGUCCAGGUGCUCCUGCAGCACUGGAUAGAGUACAUUAAGGCGUUUGGAAGCACAAUCGUGAUCAACCCUGAGAAAGACAAAACAAUGGUCCAAGAGCUGCUGGACUUCAAAGAUAAGGUGGAUCACAUCAUUGACGUGUGCUUCUUGAAGAAUGAGAAGUUCGUCAACGCCAUGAAGGAGGCUUUCGAAACAUUCAUCAACAAGCGGCCAAAUAAACCUGCAGAGCUCAUUGCCAAGCAUGUGGAUUCAAAGCUGAGGGCAGGAAACAAGGAGGCAACAGACGAAGAACUGGAGAAGAUGCUGGAUAAAAUCAUGAUUAUCUUUAGAUUUAUAUAUGGAAAAGAUGUCUUUGAGGCUUUUUAUAAAAAGGAUCUGGCCAAGAGGUUGCUGGUUGGAAAAAGUGCCUCAGUGGAUGCUGAAAAAUCAAUGUUGUCAAAACUGAAACACGAAUGUGGAGCAGCGUUCACCAGCAAACUAGAGGGAAUGUUCAAGGACAUGGAGCUCUCUAAAGACAUAAUGGUGCAGUUCAAACAGUACAUGCAGUGCCAAAACAUUCCCGGCAACAUUGAGCUGACCGUCAACAUCCUCACUAUGGGUUACUGGCCAACGUACGUCCCCAUGGAAGUCCACCUGCCUCCUGAGAUGGUCCGCCUGCAGGAGAUCUUCAAGACUUUUUACCUAGGCAAACACAGCGGCAGGAAGCUGCAGUGGCAAUCAACAUUAGGUCACUGUGUCUUAAAAGCAGAAUUCAAAGAGGGCAAGAAGGAGCUGCAGGUUUCGCUUUUUCAAACACUGGUGCUGCUGAUGUUCAAUGAAGGAGAGGAGUUCACUCUUGAAGAGAUCAAAAUAGCUACAGGAAUCGAGGACAGCGAGCUGCGUCGGACAUUGCAGUCCCUCGCGUGCGGGAAAGCGCGGGUCCUCACCAAAGUCCCGAAAAGCAAAGACGUGGAGGACGGAGACAGGUUUUCCUGCAACGAUGACUUCAAACACAAGCUCUUCAGGAUCAAAAUAAACCAGAUUCAGAUGAAAGAGACGGUGGAGGAGCAAGCGAGCACCACGGAAAGGGUCUUUCAAGACCGACAGUACCAGAUUGAUGCUGCCAUUGUGCGGAUAAUGAAGAUGAGGAAGACCCUGAGCCAUAAUCUUUUGAUGUCUGAGGUGUACAACCAGCUCAAAUUUCCUGUCAAGCCUGCUGACCUAAAGAAGAGGAUAGAGUCUCUUAUUGACCGGGACUAUAUGGAGCGAGACAAGGAAAACUCCAACCAGUACAACUACGUGGCCUAGAUAAAGGAAGAGAAAAGCAGCCGUUCCAGUUAGAAAAAGAAAAAAAAAAGGUGUCCUGAGUGAUCGGUCUUUAAAUCUUUUGCUCCCGUGGAUGUUAACCAUUAUCAUCUUCAACCCAACGACCGACAAGUUGAAUGGCUGCCGCUCCGCAGGGUUUUCGUCAGGGGUCUUGUGACCCUGUGGACUGCAUGCCCGUUUAAAAAAGAAAACAGAAAAAAAUAAAUAAAAGGAAAGAGUAUCUCCUCCAUAUUUUCUCAGUGCCUCUGAGAGAGUUGGGACAAAGAAGACACACAGUUCUGUUUGCUCUUUUUUAAUGGAGAGGAAAAAUAUUUAUUUUCUGACCUAGAUCCUUUGUCCAUAGUUUAAAACAAUAUGCUCUUUGUUAUCAAAUCAUUUUUUUUUUUUUUUUCCUUUUUAUCGAUCCAUCCUCCCAAGCUAAUGCUGACGCGCCUAUCAGUGCUCUAAAUGUAUCACAUGUCGGGAAAGAAAAGAAAAACAAUCCAAAAUAUUAAACUGAUGCCUGUUUCUUCAGUUGUUGUGAAAUGUUGGACAAUGUUGGGCUGACAUUUCAAAGAUGGUAUGUGUUGGUUUUGGACGUGUAUGCGUAUUGUGGGGUCUGCAGUUAUGUUUUACAGUCUUAGCAGCCGGAUAAGCAGAUGAUGAAGCGGAGAGCAAACGAGCACCCAUUGUUCAAAGCGAAGUUUGUGCCAAAAUGGUGCACUUCUUUCUGUUAAAAGGUGUGUUGAAGCUGCUAAUCCAGUUCACUUGUUCAAGUAUAUGCAUACAAUAUUCUUGGUUGCCUUUUAUUUCCUUCAUACAUUUUUAUACACCCACCACAUGUGAUAUUUUAAGUGGCCCAUCUGUCACUUUACUGCUCAGUAGUUUUGUUUUUUUUUUCUUUUUGUUAUCCUUUAGGUUUAUUAAAAGCACAAUGCUAUAAAAAUCCAUUGUCAUGCUACACAGACCACUUUUAUUUCUCUUAUCUGCAAGUCUCCGUGUGGAGCUUGGAGAACUUACUGAAAGGUUUAGGGACUACACUGACACACAAGGAAAGCCGAUCCAAUUAAACACUCUUAAUUUGUAUCAGUCUUUUCGAUUUCCUGCUUCACAUAAUAAAUGUUUGUGUCAUA